CCGAGGAGCGUCGGAAAUCAGAAUGGUUCAAACCCCGCAAUGCCACCCCGUCACCAAGCCCGUAUCUAAGCUAUCAGUGCUAUCACGAGGAUGAUGCAACCACACCACCCCUCCUCACGAUCUUGGCCACGUAUUGCAUGCCCUAUUCGCUGAGACAACUUGGAGACUGAAGGGUUGACUAAAGUUGCUGAAAGUUACACAGCGCCGUACAUAGACUCCCGUCUAGCGUUGUGUUACCUACUUUUCCUACAUGUACUGCAAGGGCCAAUAACUCUCACAACCUCUCAGCAUGAUGACUUCAACACAUGUCGUCUUCCAGAACGGAAAUAUCUUUAGGUCAAACAAAGCCCCUGCAGGCCAACGUUCAGAAGCCAUCUUUGCAGAAGCACUGGUCAUCAAGGAUGGCAUCAUCACUUUCAUCGGAGACGCCUCCGCACCCGAGGUGAAGACCGCCAUCGACGCCGGCGCAGAGGUCCGCGAUGUAGGCGGCCACACUCUCCUCCCUGGCCUCGUAGAUGGACACAUCCACUUGACGCAACUCGGCCAGGCGCUCCUCAAGCUGAGCCUCUCCCACUGCAAGACCCUUGAGGACAUCCGCACGACAAUCCGAGACCACGCCGCCGCCCACCCGGACGCUGAACGCAUCUUUUGCAGCGGAUGGAUGCACUUCAUGACGCCCGAGGGACCCCUUGCCUCCCUCCUCGACGACCUCGACCCCCGCCCCAUCCUCAUCACCGCAAAGGACCUGCACUCGACAUGGUGCAGCACCGCCGCUCUCAAGGAUCUGGAUCUUGAGAAUGAGCCCGACCCGCCGGGCGGCGAGAUCGUGCGCGACCCGAAGACGGGCAAACCCAGCGGUCUGCUCUCCGAGGCGGCGAGCAUGAAGUUCAUCCCCCUCUACAUGGCCCGCACCUCGACCCGACAAGACCACAUAGCUGCCAUCGAGACGGCCAUCAACGACUACACCGCCGCAGGCUUCACCGGCCUCAUCGACAUGGCCAUGGAAGAGGACGGCUGGACGGCGCUGCAGGAGUACCGCAAGCAGGAGAAAGCAGCGGGCCGCCCGUUCCCCAUCCGCUUCGCCGCUUACUGGAUGAUCCUUCCCAAGGACGACGACGAGGAGAACAUCAAACAGGUCGAGCGCGCGGCCGAGCUGGCGCGUGAAUUCAACCUCGAGACGGAUCCGGACUGCCGCCUCGUCGGCAUCAAGCUCGUCUGCGACGGCAUCAUCGACGGAUGCACAGCGAGCUUGAAGGAGCCGUACAGCCACAACGGCGACAACUGCGACCCCGUCUGGUCGCAGAGGUACAUGGCGCCCGUGGUGCAAGCCGCUACCAAACACGGCCUGCAAGUCGCCCUCCACGCCAUCGGCGACCGCACCGUCGCGGACGCGAUUGACGUGCUGGAGGCGCACGUCGGACCGGAACACCGCCCGCGCAUAGAGCACCUCGAAGUCACGACCGCCGAGGACGCAAAGCGCCUAGGCAAGCUCGGCAUCACGGCCUCCGUGCAGCCCGUUCACUCAGACCCGGCGAUCCUCCGCGCCUGGCCGACGUUGAUCGGGGAGCACCGGUGCGGGCGGGCGUUUGCGUACAGCGAUUUCGCGGAUGGGGGCGCGCACGUGGCGAUUGGGUCGGAUGCGCCGACGGCGCCGCACCAUGUGAUUGAUAACUUGUACAUUGCUACGACGCGGCGGUCUGCGCGGGAGCCGGAGCUGGAGACGGUUGUGAAUUCCCAGUUUGCGCUGUCAUUGUGCGAUGUGUUGACAGGGGCGACGGAGGGGGCGGCGAGGAGUUGUUUCCUGGAGGAUCGGGUUGGUUCACUGGAGGUUGGGAAGAAGGCUGAUUUGACUAUUUUUGAUCUUGAUUGGGAUCCGAGAAAGGCGUUGCAGGCGAAGACGUUGGAGACUUGGUUUGAGGGGAAGCAGGUGUUUUCUGGAAAGAGGUAGCACGCGUCUGCGAUGACAUAGAUUCCUUGUUAUAUAGAUGCCGUUGAUAGUUGACUUUCAUAUUGAGGCAUAUUGUAGACUUGGUAAACAGCAAUGAUUUCAAGAACAUCUCAUAGACCCAUCGACUUUCGGUGGACUGUUUCCUGGAUGAUGGCGAGAUAAGAAGAGCAAGACUACCAAGCCCGAAUAUGCACAAUGAACACAGCCUCUCCUCUACCUCUCGAGACUCUUUCUCUUCUAUGCCCAGAUCAUACCCGCGACGACGAUACCCAUCAAAGUAGCCAAAGAGACGCUGUAAGGAAAUGACGUUGCAACACUCUUUGGCUGGUUCCCAGGACUCCGCCCAGCAUCGGGCAUAGACUGGUGAAAGGCAGCGUACGUCCUUUCCAUGUCGCUCUGGAGUCGUCGAAUGGAAGCUUUCCCACGGUAAGCGUCCCAGUUGUGGUCCAGAAUAGCUAUCAUGGUAAGAUUAGCAAUCAUCAACAU